CAUAGUAUCGCCCAAUCGUAACAACUUGCCAUAUCUUGAUACUAGCCGAGGAGUUCCGAUUGAGUAUCGCCCAAAAAGUGUACUCUUGAUUUCGAGAAAGGUGGAACUUUUUUAUCGCAUUCAACAAAGCAAGACAUAUCUUUAUUUUUAUACGCCAGGACUUUACAACCCAAAACAGAUGACGUUUAACAAAGAACCACUUUUCCGUUUUCCGUCCAAAUGACAUUUUCAGAAAAAGUGUACUUUCGAUUUCGAAAAAGAUAAAACUUAUGUUUAUUCAAGCAGUGAACAAGUGACAAUGGAAAAACACGAAAUGGAAGAAGGUGACGUAACUGUUAGUCAAGAUCAAGAAGUUGAAAUGUCGACGGACGAGGCGGCUCAAAGUGAAUGCGGAGAAGAAGAGAAAGAAGAUGGUGAUCGUCCUUCAGAAAAGCAACACUCUGAGAUUGUUGGGAAGGAGCCUCGUUUACCAAUAGCAUUUGAAGAUCUUCAAGUUGAUGACCCGGAUUUUUGCGAGGAUUUGGACAUACCUAAAAUGGUAAAUGUUGAGUCCAAUAAAGGAGCGUCUGGUUUUUCAGUUAAAACUUCUGUAUUCUCCAAAUAUUGUGAGCCAUGCAAAUCUCUCGAAAAUGUGGACAAAGCUGCCGAAGUUUUCUGUAAAAAAUGUGAAGAGUUGUUGUGCAAAACUUGCAAGGAAAGACAUUCUGCAUCAAAACGGCUGAGAGAUCAUGAGUUAACUGAAGUUUCAGAAUUUGGAGAUGUAGAAAAGCGACAUUUAUACUGCGAACCAUGCCAACAGCAGGGAUAUCAAAGAGACGCAGUUUACUUUUGUCCAGAAUGUGAAAAUGAAUUGCUUUGUGAAAGUUGCACGAACGUUCACAAAGCCAUGAAGACAACGAGAAUGCACAAGCUUUUUGAUGUCUCGGAUGUCAUUCCUAUGACCUCUCCGGCGGUUCCUCGGUGCUGUGAGCCAUGUGAGGCUCAGUCGAUUAAUUCCAUAGCGACUAUGUUUUGUCAUGACUGUGACGAUGAACCUUUGUGUGAUGCCUGUGCGCGUUACCACAAAGUACAAAAGAUAACAAAGGAGCACAUUCUGUAUCCAGUUGUGGCUUUAACCCAUAAAUCACCAAAGAAAAUACAACAAAUUCUAUUUUGUGAUCCAUGCAAGGGUCAAGCCUUGGAGAACGGAGCAUCCAUGUUUUGCAGGGAAUGCGAUGGCGAGCUCCUUUGUGACCAUUGUGCCAAGUACCAUGGCGCUCAGAAAAAGACGAGACACCAUGCCUUGUUUCCUACAUCAGAAUACAAUAUCCAAGGACAGAAAGAGUCCAUGAGCAGGUUAUCUGAACCCGGAUUCUCAUCAGUCAGGCCAAAACACGGCCUUGAUAGAUCAGUUGAGACCGAUACACAUCAGAAGGUGGAGCAGAUGGAACAACAUCGGACACAGGAACAGCCUGGUCAGCCAACUGUUACUGAUAUAUCCUCCGAUUCUUUAACACUAUUUUGGAACAAGCCGGAAAGAUUCAGACCAAAUGACUACUUUCAGAUUGCUUAUAAGGAGUUGAAUAGUGAAGGCAAGUGGCGGAUAUAUCAUGGCGAAUACACAGAAUCCACGGUUAAGCUUGAGAACUUGAAGUCCAAUGCUCGCUUCGUUUUUCGAGUUCGUAUAGUCUCUAUUGACGGAGAAGGGCCGUAUAGCCCACAAAGUGACGAGAUUCAAACAGAAAGCUCACCGGCCUCUAGAAUUGUGGAUUUUUCAGUACUCUUAACUGACGAAGAACACCAAAAAGAUAACAACUGGUCGCCUGACUUGUAUGCGAUACCUCUUACAGAAGUGAAAGAGGCUAGAAAUGACUCUGCAAAGACAAGGAAAUUCGAAGUCGGUGCCCGACCGAAGGGCUUGGUAAAAGAAAAAUAUAUAAUGAUGAUUGGAGAAACAGGAACUGGGAAAAGCACGCUUGUCGAUGGCAUAGCGAACUAUGUUAUGGGUGUAAACUGGCAAGAUCCCUUCAGAUUUUCUAUUGUCAACUUAGAGGAUGAGGAAAAGAAAAAGAAAAAGAACCAGGCGCUUUCACAGACCGAAUGGAUAACGUGCUAUACCCUUUAUCCCAUCAAAGGAAGUCGUCUGCAAUACACGAUACAUGUCAUCGACACACCAGGGUUUGGAGACACAAGAGGCAUUGAACGAGACCAAGAAAUUGUACAACAAAUUAAGGAAUUAUUUUCAGAGAAAGAACCAAAGGGCGUAAUGUCAAUUGAUGCUGUUUGUUUUCUCAUCAAAGCACCGGAUGCCCGUCUUACCCCAAUUCAGAGUUACAUUUUCCAACAAAUAAUGUCUCUGUUUGGUAAAGACAUAGAGGAAAACAUCUGUUCAUUGGUCACUUUCGCCGAUGGAUUGGACCCACCUGUUUUUGCCGCUCUGAAAGAAUCUGGAUUGCCUUUUGGAAAGCGCUUUACGUUCAACAAUUCCGGGCUAUUUGCGAAAAACAAAGGAAUAGAUAGCACAUGUCUUUCGCCAAUGUUCUGGGCUAUGGGAAUGAAAAGCUUUAGAAACUUCUUCAACUAUAUUGAUGACCUCCCAACGAAAAGUCUGCAGCUUACAACAGACGUCUUGAAUGAGCGCUGUCGCCUGGAAAUGACUGUAGUUAACUUGCAACCAAAACUUGAUAUGGGAUUACAUAAAAUUUACCAGCUCAAAGGGGAAAUAAGGUUUUUUGAAGAGAACAAAGCUAUAAUUGCGGACAACAAGGAUUUUAUGUAUUCGACAAUAUCUACUCAUCAGAUAAAGAGGGAUCUGCCGCCGGGCCAACAUGUUACAAACUGCACUCACUGCCACUUCACGUGUCAUGAAAAUUGCAAGAUUCCGAAUGACGAUGGAAAAAGUAAAUGCUGGGCUAUGGAUCAAACAACAGGUGGCUGCAGAAUUUGUCCAGACAAUUGCUACUGGAACAAGCACGCCAACACGCCAUAUAUAUUUGAGUACAUGUUGGUUGAAGAGAUAAAGAACUAUGCCUUAAUGAAACAGAAAUAUGAAGAAGCUUCAGGCAAGCUGUUAACACAGGAGCAAGUGGUGGAAAAAAUGGGAGAAGAACUAGAGGAAAUGGUUGAUAUUAUUGAUGACAUGAUGCUCACGUUUCGAGAUUGUAACGUCAGGCUUGCGGAAAUCGCUCUGCGGCCGAAUCCGUUAACUGUCACCCAGCAUAUCGAUUUGAUGAUCCAGAAUGAAAAAAUGCAAAGGAAAAAGGGCUGGCAACAGCGGGUUAAAGUUUUGUUCCGAUUCAAAAGGCGUGCAGAAGUAGAAAAGGAUUUUGAAGCAUUUCAAACGCAGGCAAACACCCUAGGUGUUGUAGGAAGACGAAAGAAGGAUAAGCGAAAGGUAUUUCAAAGAUUUAAGGAUCUCUUCGGAUGGUAGGCAUCGCCAGCGAUUCUUGAGCAAAUCGAUUUUAGUAACAAACCAUAUAGUGAGAACAUUGCAGAUGUUAUAACUCGAAAUGUCGUCCAACGGUUGAUUUUUCAAAUAACAUUUGUUCAGGGGCAUGAACUUUGUUUUGAGCGAUGCUCUUGCAUAUACUUGUAUCUGUUAUGAUUUGUUUGAGUUUUGAACAUGUUUUUGACACACGCUUUAUAUACAUUAUGAAUGUUUUAUACUAUGUUCCUGCAUGUGUGCAUUCGAUGGAGGAUGUGAAGUAAAAUACUUACAAUCUAUGUCAUAUUCUUUUAUGAAUGUUCUAGAAACACAACAGGUUUAUCUUCGAUCGUUUUGUCAACUAAACCCAAAUACUUUUUGUGAAACACGCACAUUCAAGAUAUUUUGAUAGUUUUAUAAUGUAAUGCUUUUUAAAAGUCCAAAUGUUGUACAGAUACAUUUACAAUUGCGUUGGAUAUGACUUCUUAGCUUGUCCCUGUAGAUUAUAUUGCAUUAUUAAAAAAGGCUGUCUUUACACUUUCGCUAUUUGAUGCAAUUAAGUUAAACUGUUUUGUGUUAACUGCUUCAAUUGUGUAUGUUUUCAGCACUAUUGACAAACUACACUUUGUAUGUAUGUAUAAAAUAUCAUAAACAUUUUAUUUAGGCGGUUGUAUUUAAAACUUUGUUUUUCAAACAUUAAACUACAUUGUAUCUUUAGACUAUAUGGAAACCAUUAUUUAAACCAACACAAAACGAUUCAAAAUAUUUGAAAAUUUUUACAUAAUGCUUUAUUAAUGAGGCAUAAAAGUUGUCAUGUAGUCAUCAACGUUUAUCUUAUUUGCUUUAAUGUUCUUGCUAUAAUACCAUUGAAAUGCUUUGUUGUUAGGUCAUCUGAUCUUCGUUUGCAUAGUAUGUAUUAAUCAUAUUGUCAUUUAUUCGAUAUGUUGUUCUAUUGUCAAAGGAAUUUUGAAAAAUCAACACAAAAUUAAGGGUCAUUUAUUAAAGCAACUGUUUUAACAUUCACAUCUCAUUAAAACUUUCAUAUACUCACCAAGCUACGCUCUUAUUAUACAACGGUCUAAUGUUUUCUCUAUAUUUCUAUGAGCAACCUUCCCAACUGUUUUUGUGAAAAUCUCUUGAUCUGAAUCAUUACUGAGACAAAGGUGACCAUUAAUAAAUUAAUUUAUUUUACUUUUGUACAUUUUUUUUACUUUAAUAUAAUUCGGAAAUUUUAAGUAUGAGACUAUGUAUGUUUUACACCAUUAUAACGUUCAUUUUCUUGAAUGUUUUUUGUUACUUUCUAUAAUGUUUGCAAGAUACAUCGUAUGUGUAUUUAACAAGUGAACAUUAAGAUAAUCAUGUAAAAAGCUCACUUACAUUACGGAAAGCAGAUAGUUCAGUGCUGAUUAUAACAAACGAAAACAGUUAUCAAUAACAAUAAUAAAAAAUGUUGUAUAAGAUAUGUAACUUCCAAAGGUUAUAACUAGAAACUGCAAAACCUUUAAAAAUGUCUCUUUGUUCUGCUUAAUUUGAACGAGAAAUGUAGUGCAUAGGUUUUAAUGUAGUGUUAAAUAAAUGUCAAGCAUAUUCAAGGCAAUAAAUGUUGUAUUUCA